CACUUCUAUUGUACUCACAAGCAACUCAAAUCUUCACUAGCUUAAAAACUAUUUGAGUCCAUAGAUCAAUACAUACAAAUUACAAUACACAUAAUGUCUUCUUCUCAAGCUUCCCAAGGAUCAGCAAGUUCAUGGACUGCUAAGCAAAACAAAGCAUUUGAGAGGGCAUUGGCAGUGUACGACAAGGACACCCCAGACCGUUGGUCCAACGUUGCUAAGGCUGUUGGAGGGAAUAAAACUGCUGAAGAUGUCAAAAGACAUUAUGAAGUACUUAUCCAUGAUAUCAUGUUCAUUGAGAGUGGUGGUGUGCCCUUCCCAAACUAUAAGACCACUCGUGGACGUACUAAUACCAAUUAAUUAAUUAGCUAUAUAAGGAUUUGGCAAAUCUUUGGAUCCGAGAUAAAGAAACGAGGUAUAAAAGGAGGAUGCAACCUCAAUUAAGCUACUCUAUAUGACACAACUUUUGCUUGCAAGAAAGUAACCUUACUACUAGCUAUUAUAUAUAAUAAUAAUAAUAAUAAUAAUAAUAAUAAUAAUAAUAAUAAUAAUAAUUAGAAUAUCACAUUUUCUUCUUGAAAAUUAAUUCAAGUGAAGUGUACGUAGAUUAAUUUCUUUGUACGUCCAACUUAAUACUACGUAGUAUUUUUGUUAUUGUUAUGAAUUUCAUGGAUGUACUAUAUGAAGGAAGCAUUUGAAUUCCUUCUACUUUGUAAUAAAAUUCAUGUUUGAUCUCUUUCUAUAAAACGUGCCUUUUAAUA